AGCUAGCGGGGUAUUGAAGGUAGGAGGGAGGCUGCUGACCCUAGUAACAGCCCACCCCAAGACCCUCUCAGCCCCUCACUUCAUCGUCAUCCCGCCCACAGCGAUAAGAGUAAAGUAAAUUUUGAGUGUUUUAGUGUUACGAGUAAAGAAGUGAGCAUCAUCGUCAUCCCAGCCACAGUGUUGAGAGUAAAGCAAGUGUGAGGUGAGGAAACAAGCCGGUAUAAAGACUAGUUGCUGCUGAAUGGUGAUUGCCUCCUGAACCAAGGCCAAGACCAAGUGACCACUCUGUGAAUAUUGAACACUUACAUCACUAUUUACUGAGCACACCAGAAGUGUACAAAAUGAAAUCAUCAAGGCCUGUGAUUGUAGCUUCCCUGCUGUUUGGGGGUGCAGCUGCUGGUCUCUAUGCAUUUUGGAAAAUAUACAAGAAUUCUGGAAUGGUGACCGAAGAGAUGGAGUUGAAGUGGGAACCUGUGGGCACAGUGAAGAAGGUGUUUGUCUACCCAGUCAAGUCAGGCAAAGCAGUAUCUGUACAGAGAGCAGAGGCCGACCAUCUGGGGCUGCUCUACAAUGGAGUGCGGGACAGGUCCUUUAUCAUUGUCUCUGACAAGGGGACGCCCAUCACAGGCCGCACGGCUCCCACAACUGUGCUGCUUCAGGCCACCUUUGAAAACCACAUCCUCACUCUUAACUUUCCACACUCUGAGGAACUCCAGGUGGAUAUCAGCCAGGUUGUAAGAAAUGGAGAAAGGGUUGCAACAAAAAUCUGGGGCAAUGAAGUCUAUGGCCUGGACUGUGGGAAGGAAGUCUCUCAGUGGCUCCACAAAAACUUGAGAACAAAGUGUAAGCUGCAGUACUAUGCCGACGUGCCGACCUCCCGCGGGUCAGAACACCCACUCAGACACAAGCUGCGGAAAGGGGACGACUAUUCCUUGUAUGCUGACUUCACAGCCUACAUGCUCAUGACCACCGAGAGCAUAGAGGACCUUCAGAGUCGUGGUGCACCCAAAGUUGCUGUCGAGGACUUCCGACCCAACAUUGUGGUGAAGGGAGCCCAGAAGCCCUACGACGAGGAUGAGUGGGAGUGCAUCAAGAUCGGGGGCGCCAUCUUCAGGAAUGUUGUGCCCUGUGUAAGGUGUGUCUUUGCUAAUGUAAGUGCCAAGACCGGGAGAAAACAUCCCAAUGAGCCGCUGAACACCCUCAAGACGUAUCGAUGCAGAGAAGGAAGCAACAACCCUCUCCUUGGCAUCAACCUUGUCCUCUACGUGGCCGGUGAGGCCAAGGAGCAAGAGCAGCCAUGGAGGUCAAGUUCGCCAUCGUGCCAGAGGACAGAGCCAGCUCGAGGCUCCAGGAGAUGCAGCUGUACCAAGAGGCUCUCUCCUGGUAAGGUUUUGUGCCUGGAGCUCCUUGCCCUGCAGCUGGAGGGCAACACAGACUACCCUGUCGUGGACCACCUCUAUGAGAAGUGCCACGACGCCAUCACCAUCCUGCGCUCCAACCAGCACAACCCCCAUAUCUCCUCUUCUCUUGAGAACUUACUGCAGACCAUCAAUUUCCAAAAGUCCCUGAUUGAUUCUCGGCCUUCAGACCUCCACCGCACCCAGAGUGAUGGUGUCCUCAAGUACCCAAGUCUCACAAGGGCGGCACCACAGGACAGUGCCUCACAACAGUGGCCAUCAAAGCGAUCCUCAGGGAGGGAAGGAAGUGCUUCAGUGCAGGACAUGCUGGUGCCCAUGACAGGAUGCACUGAGACCCUGGAUGAUGUGAUGGGCAUGGAGGAUGCUAAACAGAUCCUGCAUGAGGCUGUGAUAAUGCCAAUCCAGUACCCACAGCUGUUCCAAGGUGGAGCCAAGCCGUGGACUCGCCUGCUUCUGUAUGGGCCUCCUGGCACUGGCAAGACCAAGCUGGCGCGCGCCCUCGCCUCCACCCUGCAGUGCCCCUUUUACUGUGUUUCCUCAUCCAACCUUCUCUCCUCAUGGGUGGGAGAGUCAGAAAAGUUGAUACGAGACUUGUUCCAGCACACACGGAAGCAGCAAGGACAGGCUGUCAUAUUCUUUGAUGAAAUAGACUCCCUGUGUCGCACACGCUCACAGCGAGAUGAUGAACACUCUCGCAGAGUGAAGUCAGAGUUGCUGCAGCAAAUGAAUGGCAUCGAGGAGGAUGCCAGCUCUGCAGUAUUUGUGCUCGGGGCCACCAACUGCCCCUGGGACAUGGAUCCGGCCUUUCUGCGGCGGUUCCAGAAGUGUAUUUAUGCACCUCUUCCUGGCAGAGAAGCACGACGAGGCAUCAUCAGCAAGCACUUCUCAGAGGUGUCAUUACAUUUGACUGACUCAGACUGGCAGACACUCUUGGAUGCCACUGAGGGCUACUCGGGCGCUGACCUCGCACACCUCGCCACAACAGCUGCCUUCCUCCCCAUUAGGGAACUGCAGUCUGCACGCUUCUGGAGGUUCACAGCAGACAACAAGAUCACACCUUGCUCCAAUGAAACGCUAGGAGCUAUGCAGUACACCCUCAGUAAGCUGCCAGCAAACAGGGUUGUAGCUCGAGAGGUGGAGCUCCAGGACUUCCUGACUGCAACACACACCACACCCCGCACAGUGAGGCCUGCAGACACCCAGCGCUACCAGGAGUUCCUGCAGGCCAGCCACCAGACCUAGCUCGGGUGGAGCAGGUAAUGCAGUCAGUACCUGGCAUGCUCAGCUUCCCAGACUCCGGGAAAGUGUAGUUAGAGAGCCCUGUGAGGCCUUCGGGAAAGUAGUGUGCAUGGGAGUUGUGACCCUCAACCAGGUUUGCCUUGUAUUCUUCUUUAAACUUUUCUGUUUUUGUCUAAGUUAUAUUUCCAUGUGAACUAUUUAUUCAAUUUUCUUUUUAAUUGUCAGUCACCUGUUGGUUGGUUGGUCAUAAUUUCCACACAACUUCACCUCAGUUGCUCUUCAUCAGAGACAAUUACGUAUACAGUUUUUGAUUGCCAUGAGGUGAUAUAUUUAGUUGAGUAUUUACAGAAAAUUAUUUGUCUUUAUUUAAAAAAAGAAAAAAAAGUCUUGAAAACAUUCAUGAAAAGGAUAUAUUACAUAUUAUAUACUAUUUUAUAUAUUAUUUUUGUAAGAUUUAUAUUUUUGUAUUGGUGGUCUUGAAUAAUGUCAGGCUUCAUUAAGUGGAAAAAACUUUAUAUCUUAUGCAUGCUAUUACAUUACUAAUUGUCCUUUGAUUAAGAAAUUAUUUUUUUCCUUUUAGGCUAUAAUGGAUCUUUAUAUUUUUGUAUGUUUUAUGUAUAUAGAACAUUCUUUAUAUUCCUAUUUACUUAUGCAUUUAUCUAUAUCUACCAAUUUAUAACAAUGCAUUGCUGACUAUGUGUAUGUAUGUUCGGGGGGUGGGGUACAUGUGUGUGUGUAUGUGUGUGUGUGUGUGUGUGUCAAUAUUUUCUUCUUCAUUGUAACAACUUCCUCAGUCAAAAGUGUGUUUUCAAGAGUAGAGAAACAGUGUAACAAAAUCAUUGCCGUGCACAAAGGUUCGCUGGUCCUCGCAGCUUUACUCCAUGGUGGAGUGUGUAUUAAACAGGAGGUAAUGAUACUUUUGUGUGGUGUAUAUAUAUAUUUUUUUUCAUUUUAAGCAAAGCUUAUACUGUUGCCUAAUGCCAGAUAGUCAUUUUUCUUGCAUGAAGAUUUAUUGGUUAUGGGGAGUUUUUAGGAAUAUCAAACAAACUUAGUGUUAUUCCUCAGGCAAUUAACCAAUUACUUUGAAUAAAUCAUACAAUUCUG